GGAACUGAUGGCAAUCCUGCCUCAGGCUCCUGAGUGCUGGGAUUACAGGUGUGUACCGCCACACUUGGUUUAAGUGCAACAUUCUUGUAAAAUGCCUUAUUUGGUUGUGGGAUUUUUCAAACUACAGACCAUGGUCUGAGGUGAACUUAAAGCUCCAUGCUUCCCCACACUAGCAAGUUUUGGUCUGUUAGAACCCUUGUGUCACUGAAUGCUCACCAACCACCCUGAGCCUCAGUUUUCUCAUAAGUAAAAGUCAUUCAUAACUCCUCUGUAAGCCAUGUUGCUCUUCUCAAGACAAAAACAAGAACAAAAACAUAAGGUAUUGGUAAUAACACUUGUGACAUGAGCUUUGAGUGAGAAAUUAAAGUGCAGAAGACUCCAGUUCUGUACUCAAAACUGAGGGUCAAGCUGUAGAGAAAAAUCUGACCCGAAUUACCAGUAGACAUACAACCAUGUCUUGGAGAAGCUUCACAGUACUGAAGGCGCAUGCCCCAUUCCUUCUUUUUAAAAAUUUUUUCAAAUUACUGGCUACCCAGUAAUACCAGGCCAGAAGAUACUCUCUUGCCUGGACUAUUACAGGAAAAGCUUGUUUCCCCUGCCUCUUUCCUUACAUUCUGUAGUCUCUCCCAUACAACAAAGUGAUUCCUAAAAUGUAUAAGUUUUGACACAUGUUCUCAUUGUGACCAGAAUAAGACUAAGGUGCACUCAACAGAAGGGGGGGGGGGUGAAUGUUGAAAGCCUAAAGAAGGGCACUCGUCAUUGGGAAUGACCAAAAUACAGUAUGUCUUCCCUGAUAGAACUUUUUUACCAAGUGAAAACGAGAUACUAUAUAUCAUUUUUUAAAAAAAGUUAAGUCAGAAAAUACAGGCAUUGUAGUAAAAAGCGAAGAGAAAUGGGGAAGGAACGUGUAGGCUGCAAUUUUCAUCAUUCACGUGAUCUAGUCCUCACUUUUAGAAACAUUGGUUACAUUUUGAUUUUAUAUCUCGUUUUUAUCAUUUAUAACUUUACGUAAACUUCAUGUGCUGUGCCCAGAGGCGAAAUCCACUUUAUUUACGGCAAACGCUACGCCCAGUCUCAGAUCUUGUAGGUAAGAGGUCCCAGAAGUGUUUUGCCCGGAAGAACCUGACGACCGGAAGUGCAGCGUUCCUACCCGGAAGUCCCCCAGGAGAAACGUUCGCAAAGGUUGCCGGGAGGCGUGGUUUUCAAGAGAGCGCGUCUCAUUUGGAGUCAGUGCGCUUGCGCUGCAUCGGUCCUCUCAGGUCUGGAACAUGGCCGCGCGGUCGCUGUGGGCGGUCCGGCGGCGGUUGCAGCGCCUCCUGGCCUCUAGCACUUUGUCGGCGGGCAGGGGAUGGCUGCACCCAUUCAGCACCGCUACCCAGAGAACUGCUGGUGAGGAUUGCAGUUCUGAGGACCCUCCUGAUGAGCUUGGACCCUCGCUUGCUGAACGAGCCUUAAGGUUAAAAGCUGUUAAACUAGAGAAGGAAGUCCAAGAUUUAACACUAAGAUACCAGAGAGCUGUAGCCGAUUGUGAAAACAUUAGGAGACGAACCCAGAGAUGUGUGGAAGACGCCAAGAUAUUUGGAAUCCAAAGUUUCUGUAAGGACUUGGUAGAGGUGGCAGACAUUCUGGAGAAGACUACUGAGUGCAUUUCUGAAGAAACGGAGGCUGGGGACCAGAAGCUCACUCUGGAGAAAGUCUUCCGAGGGCUGUCACUUUUAGAAGCAAAGCUGAAAAGUGUAUUUACCAAGCAUGGUCUGGAGAAGAUGGCACCCAUUGGUGACAAAUAUGAUCCUCAUGAGCAUGAACUCAUCUGUCACGUGCCUGCUGAUAUUGGGGUACAGCCUGGCACCGUGGCAUUGGUAAGGCAAGAUGGCUACAAACUGCAUGGCCGCACUAUUAGACUUGCCCAGGUGGAAGUGGCAGUGGAGUCUCAGAAAAGACUAUGAGCAAGCCGUCAGGAACAGAAUGUCCUCCCAGACCACAGUCACCUGUGUUUCCUUUAUUUAUUAAUCUAGGUUUGUAUUGUACAUGAGGUACUUCAUGUGAUCUGUUUUGGAUAUAGUCACAUUGGCUUUAUUUCUAAGAUACUUUUGAUUUUAUGUGACCCAUUUGGUCUCAUGAGAAAUCUUGUCAUCAGGCAUUUGUGGCCUUUAUCAAGAUAUGUUUACAAAGUUAUUUUUAAAUUGGUACUCUGAUUGACUUUGAAUCCAAAAUUCUCUUAACUAUGUAUCUUCAAUGAAUUGUUGAAAUUAGUACACUAUAUUGUAUUUUGUGAUAGAAAAAAAAGAUUGAUUCAGCAUGUGGGUACUUAGCUUUACAUUUAUAUAAAAAUUUAGAUCACUUGGGUUGAUUUUUAUAUACAUGGAUUCCCAGGACUUCCCUUCUCAUUUUAUUAUUUUAUUAUUUUGCAUUUAGCCAUGCUUUGUGGUUCCUACGAGGCUCUGUACUCACGUCAUUGCUCCAUACCAACCCCCUCUGACUCCAAUUAGAAGGGCUGAUGGACCAGCCUAGACUUCGGAAGCAGAGAGCAUCAAGCAAUCCAAGAUACAUCCCUUUCAAAUAGAAAAUUAUUUGCAAAUAGAAAAUUAUUCCCAACAUAUAUCAUAAUUUUGGACAAACUGAGGCAGCACCAACAGCUAAUGACCCAAAUGGGUCUAUAUAGAUAAUUACCUGUAACUGCCCAUUCCACCAGCCCUGACUGCAUGUUUGUCAUAUUUGCCAUGGAAUGCAUGUUGGAUUAUGAAGGUGAUCUGGACAAAAACAUUAGAUUCCCCGGGUUUCUCAUUUCAUCCAGUUAAGCUGAGUGUUUAGGUUUUUGUUGUAUUUAAUUGGUAUUCACGAAUCACUACCUCCCUUGCACUGACAGACUUUGUUGUUUUGUUUUUUGUGGUGCUUGGAAUCAAAUCCAUGGUCUUCUACUUGCUGUGCUCCUGACUUAUUUCUCUAACCCUAACAGCUUUUGUUUCCUAGGUUUUAUAUCCAUUUUAAGUUACAUUUGUGUAAACAUCUAGUUCCUCUUUUAUGUAGAUAAUGGACCAAUGUAUCUUUUUUCAGUCCUACUUUGUAGCAUACUGUGUAAAAGCUAUGUCCAAGAAAUGACUUAAGUGAAUGAAUAAUACAUCAGUCAGAUGUUAGAAAGAAGUCUGAGGUAUUUUAAUUUUAGAAGAGCCUUACUCUAAUUUUAUCCUUUCUGCUUCUGAGGUAUGAGUUUCAGUCUUUUUUAGGACUGGAACUAAAGGGAAAAAUGUCAAUAACUUGAAUAUGGAACAAGUGGAUAUUCAGUCAUCUAAGAUUAAUAUACAUGCAGAUAUGUCCCAGCAACAAUUAGUUGUUGGCUGUACAGAUUGUAUGACUUUAAGCUCCUUACCCACAAAGUACUUCCCCUAAAACUCCAAAACCCUAUAGGGAAGCAAGCUGGCUUCUCUUCACCUUUCUAAGUUUCCUUGGGUAGGCUGUGAAUUAAACUGA